AUGAUUGAAGAUGUGCUGAAUAUGGUCGGCCGGCUUUUUGUGGUCUCGAACUCCAAGAAUGUUUUGCAGGCAGGGUUGAGCGAGCUCCUAGAAGUAGGUCUGAGUGGCCUGGUCCAUGUGCUCCAGGACUACCCGAACCUCUUGCCCAACUUCGUGGCCGUUUUACUUGGACAAAGCCCUGAGUACCGGCGGCGCUUGUUGGACGAGGGUGGCGAGAGGGCGCGGCGGAGCUACGUGCAGGGCAAUAGCACCAGCAUGUACGAGGAAACCAGUCUCCCGGAGGUCUGGCCUCACUUGGACAUCGCCCGCACGCUGGCCAUGCAAAUGGAGGCAACGCAGUUGGUGAAAGUGGAUGAAGAACACUUGGAGGUGCUCAGUGCCAGUUUACCAUUCUUCUUCGAAGAUGAGGAGGCUGAUGAGUGGCUCCACGUUUUUGACAAAGUGAAGCAGCACCUUUUCACAUCCCUGGUGCAGCGCCCAGUGAAGCGGGUUGGGACACAAACAUCCGGGUUGGAGGUGUUUUUCCAUCAUUUCAACUGA